AUGACGGAGCAGGGUGUGAAAUCUGUGUUAAAUGCACUUGGUGAUGAAGAAGAGGAAGAAAUUCCUGAAUACGAAGUGCCAGAAGAUCUCGUUUCUGAUGUAAAACCGUGUCAAUAUCUUGCAGAUAUUUAUCAGGAGCCAAUCACAGAUUUUACAAAACUCGGAAACCGUGUUCCUGAGUUCCUCAAAAUGUGCAAAUACAACGAUGUACCUCAAUAUCAAAACAUUCCAAUUACUGAUUCCUAUAAAAUGUUUGUAAAUUCAUUCAAUGAAUUGACUCGUGAAACAAUUUCCAGUCCACCAGAUUCAGUUGCACAAUAUACGAAUUAUUUAACAUCACUGAUACCUCAGAAGUUCUGUUUUCCAAUGGCAAACUCAUGGCCACCGAGUUUUCCAAGAAUUGUCAAUACUAUUGAACCAGAGAUUGGUGCAAUGGUAAAAAUGUUAACAGAAGCAUCUGACCCAACAGCUCUUCUUCGUUUUCUUUCGCUUGCUUUGUUCCCUAAAACUUGGUCAAGCCAUCACUGCGGAGAAAACGAAUUGAUCGCAAUUUGUCCUUGCAAAUUCAAAGGCAAGGAUAACCAUUGGGCCUAUAUUGAAAAAGUAUCCAAAACCUUUGUAGUUUGUUCAUUAUCCAAAAUGGGCGAAAUGAUUAUCAGAGCUACCGGAACUGUUGACAGAAUUGCAAAGACAAAGGAUAAAAAAGGUCUUAUGAUCAAAGAUGUUCACGAUGGCUUAAUUGCGGAUAUUUAUCCUUUGGAUGAAGACCAACUUGAUCUUUGGGUUAAUUGUCUUGAGAAAUUCGAUCCUUUAGAAGACAAAGAACCUUUCAAACCUGUUCCUUUCCCUUAUUUCUUUACAUCAGAUCUUCCAUGGUUCCCUGACAUUUUCUACAGAUCAUUCUACGAAGCAUUAACUACAAACGACAUGAUAUUACUCAGAGCAUGCAUUUCUCUCGAUGCUCCUUACGAAGUUGCCGAUGGAUUCCUUACGAUUUCUCUUUACGCGAGAAAAUCCCAUAUUUUCUUCGCAACUAUUGUCAGUUACAUCCUAGAGAACGACGAUUUGAAUCCUAUGGCAGUUUACGCUGAAGACUCUUUCUUCAGGAAGUUCUCACAUGCCUUGUUCAAGAGAUUCAGUUCAAGUUAUUUGAUGUUCCUCAAAAAAGUUGUCACUUUUAUUGAUCGUCACAAGACAUUAGAUGAGAAAUUAUUCUUUGGCGUUAUCAAGUACAUCAUGAUGAGUAGUGGAUAUAUUCCUAUCCAAAUCAGACACUUCGCAUCUAUCAUCAGAUCUUAUGUUACAACGAAAUUUAAUUUACGAGGAAUGGUUUACUUUUUAAUCGGCGGUUUCUUCGGAUUAGAUUUCAUUUGUCCUGUUUUAGCACAUCCAGAAAGAUACUUCGAAGGAAUUGUUCUCAAGAACCCACAGCUCCUUAAGCAAGUUUCUGAUAAUUUGCAGUAUAUUUUCCACGGAGCUUUGCUUCCUGAUUCUUUCUCAUCAUGGAACGAUAGAGUUCUCAAACACACAAUCCCUGCACUUGAGGAAUUCUUAUUCUCUAUUGGAGACAUUGCUGGAGAGAUUCCUUCUUACUCUCCACCAUCUGUUUCUGACAUGGCUCACGCAGUUGAUGUAAUCAUGCAUUGUUUGCUUAAAAACACUAAAACUGUCAGACAGAUUUACGAUGAAUCUAGAACUCCUUUCGUUUCUUACGCACCACAACUCGGAUUGAACUUCACUUCUGGUUUGUGCGAUUUCUUCAGACAGUAUUUCGAUAAGUCUAAUCGCGCAAACAUGAAGAAAAUGGCUCAGAAAGUUAAGCCAAAUCCACUUAAAUUCCCUCCUCUUCCAAUGUAUGGAGCACAUGCUCAGGCAGCUGUAAGAAAAGGCGAAAACAUGUUCAAUUACCAGGCUGGAUCUUUCGCGGACAUGGGUGAUUACAAGGAGAGAUCUUUUGGAAUGGCUCCUUCUUCUCCAACAUCAAUGAAAUUACCAAAGAAACCGAUUAAUCCUCAUAAGAAUCCUCUCGUGAUGGAAAAGAAACAAGGAAAAAUUGCUGAAGACAGUGACUCUGAGAGUUCUUUCACAGACCAUCACGACAAGAAGAAGAAGAAACAUGAUAAUGAUAAGAAGAAGAAACCAACUUUGACAAGUUCUUCGAUGCCAGAACCACCAAAGAAAAAGUCUGCUACAGCAUCGUUAGCAUCAAAUAGCGGAAAACAUUGA